AUGAAGUUAUAUGCCACAAGCUUCCUCGGCAGAGUCUACAUCAUCGACACAGAUAUCGAUCCCUCUGUCUUAAACGACGACGAGUCUCAUAAGGAAAAGGGUCCUCCAACAAAGGACUCCCCAGUAAAGCCCCCUCCAGCUACACAGGAGAACAAAUCUUCUCAACAUAACACACAAUCAUAA